GCCGCCGCACCAGCCCCAGCCAUCAGCUACGCUUCCGCACCAGCAGCUAGCAUCGCCUUGAGCGCACCAUCUUAUGCUUCUGAGUCGUACAGCGCCGCCGCACCGUCUUACUCUUCAGCAUCGUACAGCGCCGCCGCACCGUCUUACUCUUCAGCAUCGUACAGCGCCGCCGCACCGUCUUACUCUUCAGCAUCAUACAGUGCCGCCUCACCGUCUUACUCCUCAGGAUCUUACAGUGCCGCCGCACCGUCUUACUCCUCAGGAUCUUACAGUGCCGCCGCACCGUCUUACUCUUCCACAUCUUACAGCGCACCCGCUUCAUCAUACUCGUCGUCUUCAGCUUCAUCUGAUUACAGUGUCCAGUCUGGUAACGGAUACAGCUCGUCAUCCGGCAUCAGUUCCUCAUAUGGACCACCGUCGACAAGCUAUUCAGGCAGCAGCGAAUACAAGAAGUAUUGAAGCGAUCACUAACCUCGAUUUGCGUCAUGGCACACGGAACUGUUUUAGUUAGAUGUUCGUAAUAAUUUGAUACUUUGUUUCAUAUAGGUAUAUUAUAUACCUAUAAUACUAGUUAAUGUUUUGUACUGUCACGAAUUUUCAUAUUUGUUAUAUUAGUUUGAAUUCAUCAUGUCGUUUUUUAAAUAAAAAAUAAAUAUUAUGACUGAAAAUUA